CAGAGACCUAAAAUCAAAGAUAUAAACAAACAAAAAAAGGCGGAUUUCAAAAUUCCCCUUUGGGCAGUAAAGCUUGGUCUGUUGGUUUACCCUGCAGCCCCAGCCGCCAUGAAUAAAAGCUUUCUCCUCUCAGAUGGAGACUUUUUUUUCUUUCUUCCCUCUAGUUUGACGCGUCGAUCAGACGCGCCCACGGCUGAGAGAGCAGACAGAGAGGACAAAAUCACGGAGGGACUUCACACGCAGCCCACAAGAGCCAGAGAGGCUGAAGGAGACAGGAAACAAAGCUGCUGUGGCAUCGGGAUACGAGGAGCAGAUCUCAGAUUUCCUGCUGGAGUUUUCACCCAAAAAACACCAGAAAGCUGCUCGUGUAGUGACACACCCAAGUCCAACUUCAAAACAGGAAGCUGGAACAUCUGAUCAGCAGACAAAUUACUGCGUGAGAUCAACAGUCGGCGGAAAGCCCACUUCCCUACAACAAUGGCUGCUGAGGAUUAUGGAAACUACUCCUACGAGUACGAUAUGGAGUAUGGCGACCCCGAGUACCUUAAAGAAAACCACGAGGAAAGAAACACCAUCCACAUCAUCUCUGUGGUCAUCUACAUCAUAUGUAUAGUGACUGGGCUCGUCGGGAAUGGGACGGUCAUUUGGGUGACCGCUUUCAAAAGCAAAAGGACGGUUAACAGUGUUUGGCUGCUCAAUUUGGCCUUGGCAGACUUUGUUUUUGUGCUUUUCCUGCCCUUUUACGUCGAUUACAUCCUGAGGGACUUCCACUGGAACUUUGGCGUGGUCAUGUGUAAGAUGAACUCCUUCGUGUCAGCCAUGAACAUGUACGCCAGCGUCCUGUUUCUCACCGUCAUCAGCAUAGACAGAUACGUGUCGGUGGUGCACCUGAACUGGUCUCAGAGAUGCCGCACGGUGCAGAAAGCCUGGUUCGUGUGCGGCUGCAUCUGGAUGCUGGCUGCCGUUGUGAGCAGCCCUGCUCUCAUUUUUCGUGACACCGUGAUCAUGUUUGACAAAGUUGUGUGCUUCAAUAACUUCCACACACACAACGUACACACAGCAGCUACGAUUCACAUUUCCAUGGUGGUCAUUCGGACGACUUUGGGCUUUCUUCUGCCGUUUACGGCUAUAUGUGUGUCGGGCAUUUUUCUGUCUGUUAGAGUCAGUCAGUCUGGAGGUUCUGUUUGCAAGUCCAGCUUCUCCAGAACCAUCAUGGCUGUCAUCGUGGCGUUCUUUUUGUGCUGGACGCCUUUUCAUAUUUUCAACUUGCUGGAGCUCUCCAUCCAUUCUUCCAAGGAAUUCCAUGACAUUCUGAGAGCCGGCUUCCCUCUGGUCACCAGCUUGGGUUUUUUCAACAGCUGCCUAAACCCUUUGCUUUACAUGCUUCUAGGCAAAAAGGUGCGGCACAUCCUGAAGCGCGCCUGUCUGGACAUCACCAAGAGCUCCCUCCGAGAGCUCAGCCAGUCCAUCUCCGCCACGGAGAUUGAGUCCGUGCCCACAGGUCCUCCAGACGGACUCCCAGACGAGCCGGUGGCUUUAUCAGAGCUGUGACAGAAGUCACCCAUGUGACGCUGUCCUUGGAAAAUAGUUUGUGGGAGCUGAGUGUUCCUUUAUCAGAGGUAAAGCGUCUCAGCUCGAAGGUCAACAUUUCCCUGCUUGAUACUUUUUUUUAAAAAUUGAUAGAAAAUAGAACACAAUGUGGUCCAGUUAUCAGCCUUCACUCAAGCCAGUUUCAUUUUUUAACUGUUUUUAUUAUUUUUUAACUAAUAAGCAACAAAUUAGUUGAUUUGAAAUUCUAAAUGUCAAUGACGACUAUUGUGUGAAAUUACUGUUGGAGUCCAAUAUUUAUUUUUUGGCUCCUGAUCAUUGCUAGUGAAAGUUUUAAACCAGAAUGUACAGUUGCUGUGUGUAGAAUGUAUUGAAAUAAUAAGCAAAUUACAUUUCUCACAAAAUUAUUUAUGCAUUUAUCUAUUUAAAAAAGGUUUUAAAUGUUUAAAGACCCACUCCGAUCAUCUUUUGAUUUAUUUUAAAAAACAUUUCCAGUGGUCUUUUAAUUAUUAUUAUUCAGUUUUUAGCAGAAAUAAAAAAAAAAUAAAGUUAUUUUCUAUGAAACAGUUCUGCACUGUGGUUGUACUUCAAUAGAAAUGUAACACUGAGUUGUUGGUUUGGUCCUGUCCUCAUUGCUGAGAGCUCUCUGUUUACAUGCUCUCCUGCUAGCUUACAGCCCCUCACAUCCCCAACCUAACAUAACCGGUGCAACAAAGAUAGUGAGCAAUUUUGGAUUUAUCCAGAGGCCAGCUCAGACAAGGAAAACGAAGACAUUAAUGAAUCUAUUUCGGUUUUCUCCUGAUUCACAAGGAUUUGAAUUAAGACAUUUUGAGCUUAAUUUUCUGAACAUAUGUCGUCCAUCAUGACAAAAAAGGCUAUUUUCAUCAGUGUCUUAAUUAUCAUGUUUUUUUUGUAGAAUUUACUUUUUGUUAUAACAAAAUCAGUUUCUUUUAAUCUCACUUUUGCUCCUUUUUUUCUUUUGUCUUUACAUAAGGCUAGCUUAAUUGUUUCAUGAUGUUUCCAAAAUGAAAACAGACUGUAACAGUUUAAAUAAGUCAAAAUGUGCGAUUCCUUUAUAUAUUCCAGAGGAUCUUAUUACAAAUUCAGACAUUUCCUGGACUGUCUUUGAAGUUGACCCAGACCCGCAAUGGCUGGCUAAUUGUUUGCUUAGAGCCCGCCACAUGUGGCUGCAAAGAAAAUAUGAGCAGCCAGAAAGGAAUUUAUAUUUUUUUUUUCUUCAAAGAAGUCAGUCUUUCUGACACAUAACUGUUAAUUCUGUAAGAAGACGUUUGAAUCGUCUCAUUGUAUUGAUUUCCUUCUUUCAACUGAAUUAAAAAUUCAUAUGUUGUAAAUUGCA